CUUUUCUUUCGGUGUCGGCAACUCGCCUGAAAUCACGUGACAAUGUUGGCGGCCGUUAUCGAUAGCAUCAACGCGUCUCGGUGGGAAACACCUUGUUCAGCAUAGCAUUGCAGCCAUUAUGGGGCCAUGGAAUCCUCGCGGUCCAUCGCCGAACUGAAGUCGUCGUUCAUUAGGACGCAAGUCCGCAUCCUUUCGGAGAGCCUUGAAGCCCCAGAGGAUUGGAGAAGCUAUGCCGCAGAGCCCUCGGAGGAGGACCUGAGUGAUAAGGUGGUUGGGGAGGUGCUACAGAAGUUUAACGCGGCCUUGAAACAACACAAUCGCGUUGUUUACUCCUCUCAGGCGAUCCAACAUGUGUCACAACAAAUCGCAAGUCUAUACUGGUCAUCGAUUAGCCAGGCUACUCGUGAGGUGACUUCACUGGAAAGAGGUGUCGACAGAACUGUCGAUUUAUCUAGUCACCCAAAUAUUACCCAGCUCCCUGAAGAGCUCUACGAUCGAUCAACAAGCGAAGAUGAUCAGCUUAGGUACAAGCGCCUACGAGAACGUCUUGCGAACCUUGAUAGUCUGCGGCAACAGCGACAACGGCGCCUAGACCAAUUGCGACAGCUCCAUCGUCUCCUGGAGCCAUUUAACGAACCGCAAAAUAAUAUUCAGCCCAAUCUAGUCACAAGGGAUGGAGAACUAAUCCGAGAACUAGAGAAGAUGCGGAUGCUGGUCGCACGGGUUAGUGGUCGCAUAGCGCAGACGCAGACGGAUCAUGACGGUGGAGGUGAUGCUUCAUACGUGCUGGGAUCGGAGCAGAAGCUUGCGGCGCUUCUAGACAUGGAUUGAACAGUAUAUAGUCCUAUAUGCAAGCCUCACUGCCAGAGUUUACUUGACAUGUAUUCUCGUAGCCCGUAUCUAGUUGCUUUUCAGUUCCUGUCCGAACCCGGUGACACAGAAGCGCUGAAAGAGCCGACGGGGAAAAAAGCUACAUAAGUAUUGCCCCGGAUACUUCACUGGCUGGUAAAGAUUUGGGAUUAUUGCUUGGUUUCUCGAAAUAAGUUGCAAGGGGCAAACUAUACUUGGACCUGACUGCAGCUGCAGCAAGUGCGAGUGACAGGAGCGUGAUGAAAAUAGAAAAAAAUAACGCGAUAUAUUAUUUCUUCC